GUGUAUGGUGGGGGGCAGUGGGGGCGAAUCAGUGCGAAUGGAAGUGGACGUUAGGUCGAGCGAUCGUCCUCCACGCGCGUCCGCCGCCGGUCGGCGGUGGAUGAGUCGGUGGCUAGAGACCACGAAGACGGCCGAGCGCAGGCGAGCGCGCGCGAACCGACGAACCCUCGGCCCUCAACGGAGCGUCGCCCCACCACAUCCAGUCGUACUGCGAAUGCCACACCGUGAGCUUCGUAUUCGCGCCAUUCCCGAGUUACUUUUUCCCCGAACGCGACUCUUCGGCUUUCUUCAACGAAGAAAAAGAAAAAGAGAAAGAGAAAGAUCGAGAGAGAGAGAGAGAGAGAGAGAAAGAGAGAGAGAGAGAGAGAGGUUUCUUUUUAUUUCGGAAACAAGAAAACGCAAGUUCCUUGGACGCGCGCGUUUCGCACGCUAGAAAGUUUGUAUUUCGCGGGAGAGUUGCUACAGCCCGAUAGUCCGAAUCGUUGCAAGGAAAGGAGAGACUUGUUGUUGGAAACGUGUAACGCGAUAGUUAGUCCGAGUAGGUGCUCGAUCGCACGUUCGAUUAGACGCGAGUGGGAUCGAUCGAUCGAAGAAAAAGAUAUAUAUAUAUAUAUAUAUAUAUACAUACGCAUAUAUAUAUACAUAUAUCUUGUACAUAUACGCGUAUAGAAAGAAAAGAUCUCGAGUAACGCUAGGAAAAGCAUGCUGCGUGCUUCCAACCGGACAAUGCCGGCGUGGAAUCGCUCGUAGAGAGAAAGAUCGAUUGGUAGUCGAUUAUGAGGCGCGCCUGAAGUCUUCGAAUCGGUGGAGAAUCUUGAGGAGGUGGAGAAGAUGGAGUCCUCGGGACUCGUCACCGAGUGGUCCUCUUUGCCGAACGCGUCCAGGGAAAAGAAGGAACGUAAUCGUGCGAACGACGACGUGAUCGCGUCGACGCCGAUCGUCCCGACGAUGACGAUGAACUUCCGUAAGGAGUCCUGUAUAAAUUGGAUGAUGUGCGCCCUCUGUCUCGCGAGUCUCGCCGUGUCAGGGAUCCUGACGUAUCGCGAGAUGCGCUUGGAGUCGAGGAUCGGGAGUCUGGAGGCCCGAUGCAGGAUCCAGGAGACGCCGGACGUCCUCGUGCAGAGGCUCAGGAGGGAGCUGCGCGAAGAGUUUGAGCAACACAGGCUCGCACCCGCGAGUGCUACCUCGGCGGCACUCUUCAGGAUCAAACGCGACGUCGCCGAGUGCAAUUGUCCACCAGGUCCACCGGGAGAGCCAGGACCGCCAGGGAAAAAAGGAAAGAAGGGCAAAAAGGGUGAACCCGGAGAGCCCGGGCCGCCGGGUGUGGCCGGGACGCCGGGCAAGAACGGUUUUCCGGGACCUAUCGGAUUGGACGGACCUAAAGGAGAUGCGGGUCGACCCGGCGAGAAAGGGCAAAAAGGAGAACUUGGAAGCCCUGGCUUCGAUGUCUUCUCAGCAGUAAAGGUCAAUGCACAGGGAUUGGGGUUAAAGAGGUCGGUGACGACCCUCCGUGGCGGGACACUCGGAUAUGCGGAAAUCGUCGCUCUGAAGGGACUUCAGGAGCAAGGGCAUAAUAUAUCGACGCAAACCAUCAUACAACUCAAAGGUGAACCAGGAGAACCCGGGCCACCGGGUCCACCAGGUCCACCAGGAUCAGAGGGUCUCCCAGGACACGAAGGCAGGCAAGGGAUUCCUGGUGAAGUCGGUUCGCCGGGAGAAAAAGGUGCGCCUGGACCAAUCGGACCAAUUGGUCCAUCCGGUAUUCCAGGACUUUCCGGUCCGAAGGGUGACAAGGGAGAUAAAGGAGAUCGUGGGCUGACGACUUCGAUGAAUGGCGAACCAUUUCCAACGGGAAUAUUGGAAGGUCCUCCUGGUCCACCUGGACCGCCUGGGCCCCAGGGCGAGAAGGGAGAGCUGGGUCCGACAGGACCACCCGGUCUGACCGGCGAGAAGGGUGCCCGGGGAAAGCAAGGGAAGAGGGGUUUCAAGGGUGAGAGCGGUAUUACAUUGGCGAGGGGUCCACCCGGCCCACUGGGUCCAAAGGGUGAAAGGGGUUACCGGGGCGAAAAGGGCGCCAAGGGAAACCAGGGCUCGCCAGGACCUAAGGGAGAACAAGGAGCUCAUGGUCCACCAGGAUUUAACGGGACCGAUGGCGAAGCUGGCAUACAAGGUCCACCGGGAUUACCGGGCCUUUCCGGACCCAAAGGUGAGAAAGGCGAGUACGGUGAUAUCGGACCUCCCGGACUCAUGGGACCUCCAGGUUUGCCUGGUCCACCGGGCUAUCCAGGGAUGAAAGGUGACAAGGGUGAAAAGGGCGAAUCGAAGUACAAAAAGCUGAGAAGAAGGCAGGGUGACGGCACCUUCGAAGUCAAUGCCGGCGAAGUGAUUAUGGGACCUCCUGGACCACCUGGACCAGCCGGUACUCCUGGAUUACAAGGUCCACCUGGUAUCAAGGGCGACAGAGGACACGACGGCGCCAAGGGUGAUCCUGGAGAGAAAGGUGCCAAAGGAGAUCCUGGUCCGAUGGGAUUACCCGGCCCCAUGGGACUGAGAGGCGAAUCCGGAAAGCCCGGAGAUUCCGGGAAACCUGGCGCCAUGGGACCCUCAGGACUAGACGGCAUGAAGGGAGCACAAGGGGAGCCUGGAACGAAGGGUGAAAGGGGAGAUCCAGGAUUGCCCGGUACCGAUGGGAUUCCAGGAACGGAGGGACCGAAGGGUGAGAAAGGUGCUAAAGGCGAUUGUGGACCACCUGGUAAGAGAGGAAGAAAAGGAGACAAGGGUAACAAAGGCGAUCAGGGUGUACCCGGACUAGACGCGCCCUGUCCCCUCGGUCCUGACGGCCUUCCAUUACCAGGUUGCGGUUGGAGACCACCUCAGCCAAGAAGUAAUAUUCUGCGCGAAUGGCUGGCGGAGGAGGAAGAGGAGGAGGAAGAAGGGCAGUGACACAGAUGGUUCACUGAAAGUAGCGCAUUUUCAUCAAGGACCUUCCUAUAUCCGCGUCGCUAACGCACACGACUCACCAACGACUCACCGUAUUUCGAAUUCGAUGCGAUCGGUUUAGCGACAUAUUACGCCAAACUAAUCAUCUUGCCACAGAGGAGUGUUGUAAAUAAGUGUACUUACAGUGUCUAGCGUCCGCAGUGCGUGUACAUAAAUAAUUAGUUUACUGCUACAAUUAGGAUCCAUGGUGAUGACGAUGAUGGUUGCACGAUCUCUCUCUCUCUCUCUCUCUCUCUCUCUCUCUUUAUCGUUCUCUUCC